AUGAAAACUUUGAUCCGCACAUACCCGGUCCAUAUGAGGCCGUCGUCUUCUGCGAGUUCACGGCUCCUCGUGCAGCAUCGGAAGCUUUCCUCAUCGAGACACAGGAGCUCGGCAGGGGAUUCUCGAGCUGUUGCGGACGCAUUCCUCAACAAGUUUUCCAACGGUCAGACAUUUAUUCGCAGGCAGUUACUCGACGCUAAUCAGCUACGGCUAUUUUCGCUAACCUUGGAUCGUGCCCAUCUAUGGCCCAGCUCGACUCGCUCCUCCAAGACUUUGGAGGAAGUUGAGCCGCCUUCCGGCACGCCCAUACCGCCGGGGUACCAUCUUAUCUAUUUUACUCCAGCACAGUUGCCUGGUAUUCUGGGCCGGGACGGGACAGAUGCCUCCUUCAACCCAGAGUCCCCCUUUACGAGACGGAUGUGGGCAGGGGGUUCAUGCCACUGGCCUGGAGCCGUUCCAAAUUCGACCCCAACGCUCUUGAGAGUCGGCGAUAUUGCCACCGAGGUGACCAAGGUCCUGAGCUGUGAGCCCAAGGUGAUCAAAAAGACUGGCGAGAGCAUGCUGGUCGUGGGGGUCGAGAAGGAAUUCAGAAACGGCAAAGACGAGCUUUGCGUGCUCGACCGGCGCAAUUGGGUGUUCAGACCGGAGCUUGACCCAGACAAGCCCGCUUCAUUAGUGCCAAAGCCUCCUGAGUUGUCGAGCGCCGACCUUGACGAGGCGGCCAAGGGAAAGAUCGUUCGAGAGUACACCCGUAGCGAGGCGACGCUAUUCCGAUUCUCCGCCCUGACGUUCAACGCACAUCGGAUCCACUACGAUAAGCCUUGGGCAACGGAGGUGGAGGGCCAUCGGAACGUGGUGGUCCAUGGGCCAAUGAAUCUAAUUGCCAUCCUAGAUCUAUGGCGUGAUGAAAGCGUCAGUCAGGACCAAGGGGUGGAGUCGAUGGCGCGAGAUAAUGUGCUGUUCCCUCAUAGUAUCGAGUACCGAGCGACCAACCCCGUGUAUGCAGGGGAGGCAUAUCGAGUGGUAAUGGACGAGGCAGCCGUUGGGAAGAGGAAGGCGGAAGUGCAAAUUGUCAGCAAUGACGGGACAGUGUGCAUGAAAGGGACAGUGAAUGGUUGGUGA